AACUCAAAGGGGUGACCGGUCAAAGAAAAGAGAGCAUCCUUCUUGCAGCAAAAUCAACUUUUAGUCUUCAAUCGUAUCAGGAGUAGCCUUCAAAGUCAUGGAAGACAACAGCAGUUUCUUCGCAAAUAGGACAUCUUCAACAAUGGAAACUUUGCAAGAAGAACACAACACAAAACUGGAGAGGACACGCGUGCUCAAGAAUCAAAUCAAAGACGUGAAGCGUCAACUAGAAGAAACCAAGAAUGACAAUGUAUAUGAUAAAAUCGAAGCUACGAAGAACUUAAGUGAAAAAUAUAAGCAAUUAAGAGAAGAAUAUAAUUUGCUCCUUGGUCAGAAAUCAGGAACAAAGCAACUUAAUUAAGGAUUUGAAUUAGGGCUUUUUACUAGUGUUGUUUUGAUGUUUCCAUGUGUAGGUUAAUUUGCAAGGAUGC